GAAAAAUUGCUGCAACUGGGAAGGAGUUCUGUGCAGCAACCAAACAGGCCAUAUACUCCAACUUGACCUUGGGGCUUCGGUGGAUAAGCCAACUUUGCGAGUGCCUCAAUAAUUUGACUGCCAUGGCACACAAAGUUUCAGAUUUUAGCGACAACUUCUUUUGGAAUGGCACUGUAUAUGAAAUUUUCGGUCCAGAAGGUCGCAUGAAUCGUUCUGGGAUCUUAGGCGCUGUCAGUAGUGUCGAUAGUGUCAAUGUAAUUGUUGGUUGGAAAGGGAAUGUGUAUGAGUACGGAAAGAAUUUCGGAGAAAUGAGGAGCAUUGAUCUUGCAAACAACAAAUUGACCGGAAAAAUUCCAGAUGAGAUAUGCAGCCUCAUAGAAUUAAAAGCAUUAAAUCUAUCAGGAAACAUGUUGACUGGAAUGAUUCCACAAAACAUUGGUCAAUUGGAGCAAUUGGAAUCUUUGGAUUUGUCAAGAAAUCGGUUAUUUGGUUCAUUACCUGCUAGCAUGGUUGCUUUACAUUACUUGGGCUACCUAAACUUGUCCUACAAUGAAUUUUCAGGAAGAAUUCCAACAAGCACUCAACUCCAGUCAUUCGAUUCUGACAGAUUCAUUGGUAAUCUUGGACUUUGUGGACCUUUACUUAUAGAAAAGUGCCCAGAAGAUGUAACAUCCAACACUAAUCGCAGUGAAAACUAUCAAGAAGAUGGAGAUGAAUUCUGGAGAUGUCUUUAUAUUGGUACAGGGCUUGGAUUCAUUGUUGGUUUUUGGGGAGUCUCUGGCUCUUUGAUGUUAAACCGUUCUUGGAGACAUUCAUAUUUCCUAUUGAUGACCAACCUGAAGGAUUGGUUGUAUGUGACAAUAGUACUGCAUACUACAAGAUUGCAGAAGAUGUUUCACAGCUAGAGGCUAUUACAAUUUUACUAAAAAAGGUUUGGGAAUUUUUGUUGGAUUGGUUAUAUGUUUCUAACUAUUUCUUAUGGAUUGAUUUUAAUUUUGCAAACUAAUGGCUAUUGUUUAACCUUGUCCCCUCUUGGGCCUUCGAUAUUACAUGCUUUUAUUCUGCUUACGGACUGAUGCUGUGCAGCUGUGGUGCAAGUUUUGGACAUCACAUGAUUUUAGACUUCCAAAUUCCAAUAUCAAUGUGUGUGCGCUUUUAUGUA